AUGUCAGCCCAAAUGCGAGCUGCUUUCAUUUCUUGUGUGACUGUCCUGGACAUAGAAUAUGGCAUAUGGAAUCUCGUAGAAUCAACUACCUGGAUGGAUGCGCAGGUCAGCGUUGACAGUGGCAGUGUCCCAUCGACCUUUGAGAGCCAGCCUAGAGCAAGUGCCGCAGAUUGUCCCAGUGGUGCUACUGUGGAGAACUCGCAGCAGGAGUCCGUGUUUGAGAGCAAGCCUCAACAAAGCAAGGCGGAUACAACAGCUUCCAGCACUGCAACGGGCGUGGCUUCCGAGCAGUCUGUUUUCGAGUCACAGCCGAAGCAGAGCUCAGCGCAGGUCUCAUAUGCAGGAGCUGCCGCUCCGGCUGCUGAGUCCUCGCAGUCCACCUUCGAAAGCAAUCCGCAAAAGUCGAAAGCUGACACAGCAUAUGGUGGCGCUGCGACGAUGGCCAGCGAGCCGUCAGCCUUCGAGAGCCAGCCAGCUCAAAGCAAGGCAGCUGUGGGCUACGGUCGCAAUGAUGGCCUAAGUGCUGGUGAGGCGCCGUCUGUGUUCGAAAGCCAGCCGAAGAAGUCCUCCGCAAUGGUCACUGCUUCUGACACAGCUCCAGUGGCUGGUGACGGCCAAUCUGUGUUUGAGAGCGCGCCUGCGGAGAGUCGCGCAGAGACCUCCUACACCAAAGCCGCAACUGCUGCGGACCAGUCGCAAUCUGUCUUUGAAAGCCAACCAAAGCAAUCUUCUGCUGCAUAUGGCCAUUCUUCGCAAGCCACCAGCGUUGGUGAUCAGCCCUCUGUGUUUGAAAGCCAACCUAGUCAGAGUUCUGCUAUGGUAAGUCACAAAGACACUGUUUCCGCGGGCACUGAUCAAUCAGUCUUCGAGAGCCAGCCUCAGCAAAGCAAGGCGGUGGUUGGACACGGAAGAAAUGAUGCGAUCAACACCAGUCAGGAACAAUCGGUUUUUGAAAGCCAGCCUGCCCAGAGCAAGGCGCAUUACAGAGCUGGCGCUAAUGCUCAAAGCGAUUCUGAGUACGAAACCGAUGAAGAGAAUUGA